ACUCGUUGCUAUGGCGACGGAAUGGCCGCGCUCGAGCAGAUAGACGGUUUACGAAAGCAGAACAAAGAUUUACUGAAGAAACUGAAGAAACAAACCGAAAAACUCCAUAAACUGACUCUCUCAUGGCCGGACGGGGAAGACCAAAGUCACCGCACUGUGUACGAAGCGUUUAACGUCGGUAUUGUCCCUCGUCGAGCGCCUUUAACGGAGAGAAACGGAGCGCGUGAGGCGCGAGCUUCACCUUCUUCACCAACAGCAGAGAAAACCGUCAAAAUAUCCGAUGAACAACUUUCUGAACAUUGUGAAGAGCCCACAUCGGACCAACAUAAACCCAAACACAAGCAAAGUUCAGAGGUGACUACGUACAGCACACUACUGCAGGACACAGGCAACAGUCGCUGGAUGGGACAGAGCCGAUCUGUGAGACUGAUUCUGCCCAAAUCUGCACCUCCCAUAGCGGAUAGUCACCAUAGAGAGCCUGACAGCGCAUCGACUGCUGGACUGGAUACUGUAUCAGAGAGACACAUACAGCCUUUACUGGGCUAUGAUUGGAUAGCAGGCCUCCUGGACGCUGAGAGCUCUCUUGCCGAUCGCUCUGAGCAGUUCUUCAGCGAGCUCCGCAGCUUCCGUCAGGUCAACCGAGACGAGUGCGUCAACAACUUGUUAUCAGGGCUUCCAUCUGUUGCUGAUCUUGUGUCUUCCACACUUGAUGGCGAGGAGCCGCAGGCGCCUGCAGACACACAUCAGUGCACGUUCUGCUACAGAAUAAACAGCCGACUGUUUGCGGUUCCGCUGGAUGCACAGGCCGCCUGUCCGGUGUGCAAGAUGCCCAAAUCUGAACACCCUCAAACUGAAACAGAGCCUGCUUUAAUCAGGGUCAGUAUUCCUCGCUCAACUCUGCUGUCAGCUCACCAAUACAAAGCCCAUCGCCGCUGCAGUUUUGAUUCCUCUGACAGUCUGAGUUUGCCCUCGCACUGUUUGUCCGGGUGGUCCAAUCCCACCCUGAACUCUGGCUCUCAGAUGAGCAGUCUGGAUCUGCGGGGCUCAAUGGCAAAACAUGCGGCCUCGAGAGGCUCAUCCUCAUCCUGGCUUGACAAUAAACUGGAUUCAUCCCUGCCCAAUCCAUCAAGACACCAGCAUUCUGACCAGCUUCAAAACGUGUCUCGUUUGCCACGAUAUACUUUUCAGCAUUUAGACCCAAAGAGGCCAGAACCCCACAGCCGUUCUUACGCACUUUACUGACGUCUCUGCAGAGUUGCAUUCAAAAAGGAGCAACGCAUGAAUGUGUUUGCGUCCAGUGGAUUUCCUGGAUUCACUGAUACGAGUGCUUGUGAACAAGUUGUUUUUUUUGUAUGUGUAAUAAUGAAAAACCAUGAAUCAUUUGUGUGAAUCACUUCUACCCUUGGUGAUGGUCGCUUGUUUUGUUCUAAAUUUCAAAUAAAGAAAUUAAAUGGAA